GGAGGAGGAGGAGGAGGAGAAGAGGAGUGAGAGUGCUGCAGCAGGAGACAGUGAAGCCCCAGAGUCUUCAGAGUCAAGUUCCUCACAAAGCGACAUUAUUAUCAUGCCACCAAAACGGAAAAUGAGGAAGGGAGACAAGCUGAGAGUCGAGAUUAUGUCCCUGACGUUUGAACCGUCCUCACACGUGGCGCUGGACAAAUCAGUGCAGCGUGUUUAUGUGGAAUACCGGCUGCUGGGUGUCCCCAUGGAGACGACAGAAACGCCCAUGUCCCUCCGCAAGCCCACAAAUGGGGAGGAGAUUCACUACAACUUCACACGAGUGAUUUAUGUGGAUGGCUCACAGUCAGCUCCACUCAGACAGUAUCUUUACACCAUGUUGGAGGGCACGGACCCCAACCAGGGCAGGUUAAAGUUCACAGUAGUCAGUGAGCCGAUGGACGAUGAGGAGGAGUGUGUGGACGUUGGACAUGCUUUUCUGGACCUACAGAAACUUCUCCUCACUGGAAAUGAUGUCAGCGACCAACAAAUUGAUGUGGUGAGUGUGGAUGAAGACAAGGAGGUGAUAGGAAAUCUGAAAGUGUCUCUGGAAGCAGCGAAAGCUCUGACUGGGAUAUACCAGGAGUUUCACCAGAAGAUUGAGACCAAGAAAGAAGAUAACACAGAUGAGGAAGAAGAGGAGGAGAAAGAAGAAGAGGAGCAAGAGGGAGAGAAGAAAACAGAUGAAAUAGUGAUAGAUUAUGAGGAUGAUAGUGACUUCUGA